AUUUCGAGCUGAGUAUUGCCACAAACUUUGUUUGAAAUCUCAGGCUUCCGUAGUUAAAAAAAUUGGUCGAAGCUUCCCAUUUCUAAAUUAGAAGCAGAAAUGACAGCAGCACCAGCAUUGGGGUCGUAUCCGGUGGUGAAGAACUGCCAAUGUUUUGUACCUCCUCCUUCUAAACUUCUUCUCUCCCACAGCAAUUACCACCCGAAGUCCGAAAUGGGUACCUCCUUUUUUGGCAGAGAACCCCGUCACAUGUGCGGUUUCGGGGCGAAAGUAUCCAAUUUUGAUGGUUUCAGACAACAACGGUUUAGUCCGAUGGCAUCCUUGGGAGGUCUCCUUGGUGGGCUUUUCAAAGGGACCGAUACCGGUGAGGCCACGAGGCAGCAGUACGCUGCAACUGUUAGUUUGAUUAAUGGAAUGGAAGCCGAGAUGUCUGCGUUGUCCGAUUUGGAAUUGCGGGAUAGAACUUCCAUGUUAAAGCAACGAGCGCAGCAGGGUGAUUCUUUGAACUCGCUCUUGCCUGAAGCAUUUGCUGUAGUGAGAGAGGCUUCAAAGAGGGUUCUGGGUCUUCGUCCUUUUGAUGUACAGCUGAUAGGUGGCAUGGUUCUUCAUAAGGGAGAAAUAGCUGAAAUGAGAACUGGAGAAGGAAAGACUCUUGUUGCUAUUUUACCAGCUUAUUUGAAUGCACUAAGUGGAAAAGGAGUUCAUGUCGUUACUGUUAAUGAUUAUCUUGCUCGGCGUGAUUGUGAGUGGGUUGGGCAGGUUGCACGAUUUCUUGGACUGCAGGUUGGACUGAUCCAACAGAAUAUGUCAAGUGAGCAGAGGAGGGAAAACUACUUGUGUGACAUCACAUAUGUUACCAACAGUGAGCUAGGUUUUGAUUUCUUGAGGGAUAACCUUGCCACGAGUGUUGAUGAGCUAGUCUUGAGAGGUUUCAAUUACUGUGUAAUUGAUGAGGUAGAUUCCAUCCUUAUUGAUGAAGCAAGGACUCCUCUCAUCAUCUCAGGACCUGCUGAGAAACCAAGUGAUCGUUACUACAAGGCUGCCAAGAUUGCUGCAGCCUUUGAGAGAGAUCUGCACUAUACUGUUGAUGAGAAGCAAAAGACUGUUCUACUCACUGAACAAGGUUAUGAGGAUGCUGAAGAAAUCUUGGAUGUCAAAGAUCUAUAUGAUCCUCGAGAACAGUGGGCAUCAUAUGUUCUGAAUGCAAUAAAAGCAAAAGAACUCUUUCUUAGAGAUGUGAACUACAUUGUCCGUGACAAAGAGGUUCUCAUUGUGGAUGAGUUUACUGGUCGAGUCAUGCAGGGAAGAAGAUGGAGUGAUGGACUUCACCAAGCAGUUGAAGCAAAGGAAGAUUUGCCAAUUCAAAAUGAAACAAUAACACUAGCAUCCAUCAGCUAUCAAAACUUCUUUCUUCAGUUUCCCAAACUUUGUGGAAUGACUGGCACUGCAGCAACUGAAAGCAUUGAAUUUGAGAGCAUAUACAAGCUUAAGGUCACAAUUGUUCCUACAAACAAGCCCAUGAUAAGAAAGGAUGAGUCAGAUGUUGUUUUCAGGUCAACUAAUGGAAAAUGGCGAGCUGUUGUGGUAGAAAUUUGUAGGAUGCACAAGACAGGCCGCCCUGUACUUGUUGGCACAACCAGUGUUGAGCAGAGUGACUUGUUGUCAGAACAGCUGUGUGAAGCUGGGAUUCCACAUGAGGUUCUAAAUGCAAAACCAGAGAAUGUGGAGAGGGAAGCAGAAAUUGUAGCACAAAGUGGCCGUCUUGGGGCUGUAACUAUUGCUACCAAUAUGGCAGGUCGUGGAACAGAUAUAAUCCUUGGAGGUAAUGCAGAAUUUAUGGCGAGGUUAAAGCUACGUGAGAUGCUUAUGCCAAGGGUUGUUAUGCCAACCGAAGGAGGCUUUGUAUCAGUCAAGAAACCUCCUCCAAAGAAGACUUGGAAGGUGAAUGAAAAAUUAUUUCCUUGCAAACUAUCCAAGGAGAAGACUGCAUUGGCUGAUGAAGCAGUAGAGUUAGCUGUCAAAACAUGGGGCCCAAGAUCAUUGACUGAACUCGAAGCAGAGGACCGGCUCUCUUAUUCAAGUGAAAAGGGGCCGACCCGAGAUGAUGUCAUAGCAAAGUUACGGAGUGCCUUUGUAGCAAUUGUUGAAGAAUAUAAGAUCUACACAGAGGAGGAAAGAAAGAAGGUUGUGUUAGCAGGUGGACUUCAUGUGGUGGGGACAGAGCGCCAUGAAUCACGCCGAAUUGACAAUCAGCUACGAGGUCGAAGUGGUCGGCAAGGAGAUCCUGGAAGCUCUCGGUUCUUUCUUAGUCUUGAAGAUAACAUCUUUCGUAUUUUUGGUGGGGACCGGAUUCAGGGUUUGAUGAGUGCCUUCAGAAUAGAGGACCUACCCAUUGAGUCUAAAAUGCUCACAAAAGCACUAGAUGAGGCUCAGCGGAAGGUGGAGAAUUAUUUCUUUGAUAUUCGGAAGCAGUUAUUUGAAUAUGAUGAGGUCCUGAACAGCCAAAGAGAUCGUGUUUAUACAGAAAGAAGGCGGGCCCUUGAAUCUGACAACCUACAAUCUCUUCUUAUAGAAUAUGCUGAACUGACAAUGGAUGACAUAUUGGAGGCAAAUAUUGGUUCUGAUGCUCCGAAGGAGAGCUGGGAUAUUGGAAAGCUCGUUGCAAAACUUCAACAGUACUGUUAUCUGUUGAAUGAUUUGACACCAGAUCUCCUGGAGAACAAGUGUUCUAGUUAUGAGGACUUACGAGAUUACCUUCACUACCGUGGUCGUGAAGCAUACUUGCAGAAAAAGGACAUAGUUGAGAAGCAAGCACCAGGCUUGAUGAAGGAGGCUGAGAGGUUCCUAAUUCUGAGCAACAUUGAUCGGUUAUGGAAGGAGCACUUGCAAGCACUCAAGUUUGUCCAGCAAGCUGUCAGUUUAAGGGGAUAUGCUCAGCGAGACCCACUUAUCGAGUACAAGCUUGAGGGCUACAACCUAUUCUUGGAUAUGAUGGCACAAAUCAGAAGAAAUGUCAUAUAUUCCAUAUACCAGUUCCAACCAGUACUUGUAAAAGAUCAACAAAGACAACCAAAUGACAAUUCAGGCCAGCUAGUGUCAAACAGCAGAGGCAGCGAUGACAAACCUAAUCCAGUUGGUCUUGCAGAAGCAUCUCCCUAGUCUUUCAGUUCCAGAUAUCCAACAAGACCGACCUCAUUGUGGGAGCCUUGUGAAAAUUAGAUGGAAGGAAAAAUGUGCUGGGAACAUCUCAAUUUUGUAUAGCUGGAGCAAGUAAAAUGGAGUGUUCAUUGUGUUUAAGCCUCAGAUGACCCCAUCCCAUUGUACCAUGGAAUAAGAAAAAUGGAAA